AUGAAAAAAAAUAUAAAUGAACUUGAAGAAGAAGAUGAAUCUAAUCAACCGUCAGUUGUAGAUGAAGAGGAUUUUCAUCAAUCAUCGACUACUACUCGUCCAGUUCUUGCUUCUCAAUCAAAUUUAUUAAUGAUGAUUCAGAAUGCACCAGUGGCUCCAUUUGAUGUUCAAGAUUUUUCCUUCAAUUUAAACUCGAAAGAAAUUCACCAGAUUAUUGCAUCUCAGACAUUACCGUUGACUCAACAAUGGGAAAAUGAAACUGAUCUCGCUGAAAAUCGAAAUAAAUCUUGUUCAACAACUACCAGAAAACGUAAAACAACUCAACGUUCAUCUUCGUUCAUGUCAACGCCGAAAUCGUCUGCACGACUUACAGCUAAACGUAUUCGUCUACAGUAA